GACUGGAAACACGUUCGUGUGAUGGUUUGAGUUUUGGUUUCAGCUCGGGGGUUUAAAGUGUUUUAGACGGUAAAAUGUCGGACGCUUUGCUGCACUGGUGUGUGGACCAGUUACACCACAAGUUUGGGUUGGAGGCGUGUGAAGACAUCGUCACAUACAUUCUAUCCAUCGAAACAGCUGAGGAGAUCGAGGAGUACAUGGGAGACCUCCUGCAGGGCACGGAUGGGUUAAAAAGGCAGUUUAUAGACGAGCUCCUCAGCAGAUGGAAGAAGACUCAAAGACAGGCCACAGAUACCACAAGUCUUUUCCUUCUUAAAGAAUCUGUUUCAUCAGCAGACUCACAAGACCUGACUAAAGAUACCCAGAAGAAGUCUAAACGCAAGGGCCGUAACAAACAGGAGGUAAUGACUGUGAGCCAAACAGAACCUGAGCCAGAGGCAGUCAAAACCCCCAUUGAUUUGAUGAGGGCCCAAGAAAACAGUAGUGGUUCUUCAACAAAGAAGAAAAGUAAGUUUGUCAGUCUCUAUGCUAAAGAGGGACAGGACAGGCUUGCUGUCUUACUCCCUGGUCGAUAUGCCUGUGAGUGCCUUGCUCAAAGGCACAAACUUAUCAACAACUGCAUCACCUGUGGUCGCAUUGUGUGUGAGCAAGAAGGCUCAGGACCCUGCCUUUUCUGUGGAAAGCUGGUCUGCACAAAAGAAGAGCAGGAGAUCCUGCAACGAGACUCCAACAAAAGUCAGAAACUAAGAAAGAAGCUUAUGGGAGACUCUGGAGACAGAGAUUAUCUCCCACACCAUGAGGCCAAGAUGAAGGCGGGCUUGGAGAAGGCCCUCCAGCACAAAGACAAACUGCUGGAGUAUGACAGGAACAGUGUCAAGAGAACACAAGUUCUGGAUGAUGAGUCAGAUUACUUUGCUACUGAGUCCAACCAGUGGCUGUCACCCGGAGAGCGAGAAAAGCUGAAGAAGAAGGAGGAGGAGCUUAGGGAACUUCGCCAUGCCUCUCGCAAGGACAGAAAGAUCACGCUGGACUUUGCUGGUAGACAAGUGGUUGAAGAGGGAAGCAACCUCAACGAGUACUACAACAAACUGGAUGAGACCCUCAAGGCUAUGAACAAUGACACUAUGUCAAAAUCACCAGUGUAUUCUGAAAAACAAAGUGGAAAGCAGAGCCUCGGAGACCUGGUCAACCCCAACAUAGUUCAGUCUGCACCAGAGUUUGUGAACGUUGGAGGCGGCGAAAGCUACAGGAGAAACAUGGCACAGCGAAGGAGUUUGGCAGAGGACAAGGGAGGAGAAGAACGUAACAGGCUGCGGCUCCAAGACAAAGAGCUGCAAGAGAUGGCUGACGGAGGCCUGUGCCUCAGCAUGCACCAACCAUGGGCCUCACUGCUGGUCAAAGGCAUCAAGAGGGUAGAGGGGCGAACUUGGUACACAUCACACCGAGGUCGUCUUUGGAUUGCUGCUGCAGCCAAGAAGCCCACCCCUCAGGAGAUUGCUGAGGUGGAAGCCAUGUACCGCCACAUCUACAAAAGAGAGCCCAGGUUUCCUAAAGACUACCCCACCGGCUGCCUGUUGGGCUGCGUCAACAUGACCGACUGCCUGUCUCAGGAGCAGUUCAGAGAACAGUUCCCUGAUACCUGUGAGGAGUCUGCUUCCCCAUUCGUCUUCAUCUGCACCAACCCUCAGGAGCUGCUGGUGAAAUUCCCCAUGAAAGGGAAGCACAAGAUCUGGAAGCUGGAGAGCCACUACCACCAGGGUGCCAAGAAGGGGCUGGUCCCAUCAGCUGCAGAGUGACGUCAGAGGAGAAGCUGUGGUGGAAAAACAGCCUGAUCUCACGGGAACAUGGCAAAUUAUGUUCUCCAAAAAAAAGAAAAAUGGCCACAUUCCCAACAUUUUAUUGGGAGUUGUCAGUGCUGACACAGGAUCAUUAUCUGCUCUGUCUCUGUUUUUAAUUACUGACAUUUGCAUUUUACUUAAGAAAUACUGCUUUAAAGUAUGUAGUACAUAAAUAUAUAUUAUCAUUUUGACAAAUUCUGCAUUCUGCGUUGUCUAUUUGAUUAUUUGCACAA